AUGGGAAAUGAGCAACAUCUAUUGCAAAGGAUUUCCAAGGCCUUCUAUUUCCAAUUACAAUCAAGUCAUAUCUUUCAAUUUUUCUUCUUUGUUUUUGGUUUGACGUUUGGAUUUGUAGCUUGUUUAUACCUCAAAAGCUUCUUGGUUUCUUUACAAGCCCCAACAUACUCUACUCUUCCACCAAUAUCAUCAACAGUAUCACCACCACCACCACCACCAUUAGAAUUAUGGCUAUCAAGUUUGGUUGAAUCAGCAAAUGGGACAUCCAACUAUGCUAGAGUUUCACUGAAAAAGCAGGAGUUCCUUACUCAUAAUAUGAGUGACCAAGAGUUGUUCCAGAAAGCAUCAAUGGUUUCACAAACAGAACUGUCUGGCAGGCAGGUUCCAAAGGUGGCCUUCAUGUUUAUGACAAAAGGGCCUUUGCCUUUUUCUCUCUUGUGGGAGAAGUUUUUCAAAGGGCAUGAAGGCUUUUACUCCAUAUAUGUACAUGCACAUCCUUCUUUCAAUGAUUCAGAGCCUGAAGAUUCUAUCUUCUAUGGGAGAAGAAUCCCUAGCCAGCCAGUCUAUUGGGGUACAUCCUCAAUGAUUGACGCUGAGAGACGCCUAUUAGCAAAUGCCCUACUUGACAUCUCCAAUCAAAGAUUUGUUUUGCUCUCAGAUUCUUGCAUUCCAUUAUUCAACUUCAAGAUUGUUUAUAACUACCUCAUGGACUCAAAUUUGAGCUUCCUAGGCUCCUUCGAUGACCCAAGGAAGGCAGGUCGUGGUCGAUAUAGUCCCCAAAUGUGGCCCUUAAUAAACAUCACAGAUUGGAGAAAAGGUUCUCAAUGGUUUGAAGUACACCGUGACCUUGCAAUGCACAUUGUGUCUGACACCAAAUACUACCCUAUUUUUCAAAAACAUUGUCUCAUGCCAUGUUACAUGGAUGAACAUUAUAUUCCAACACUUGCGAACAUGUUGUACUCAGAGUUCAACUCAAAUCGAAGCAUUACAUGGGUUGAUUGGUCCAGGGGUGGCCCUCAUCCUGCAAAAUUUGGAUGGGGUGAUAUCACUGAUGAGUUUCUAAAUCAGAUUCGAUUUGGAUCAACAUGUCCUUAUAAUGAAAAUACAACAUCAAUAUGUUUCUUGUUCGCUAGAAAAUUCUUACCUAGUACAUUGGAGCCUUUGUUAAGGGUUGCUCCAUUGUUGCUUGGUUUAGAGCCAUAGAGUUUUUCAAUCAUUGUUAAAGCU